AUGCAGUUUCAACUGACUCUUUUUUUCCACCUUGGGUUACUUCCUUACUUGAAAGCUCAAGACGAAUGCAACAGGGGUGCCUGUCAUCCUACCACUGGUGAUCUCCUAGUGGGGCGUGGUGCUCAGCUAACGGCCUCUUCUACCUGUGGGCUAAGAGGAGCCCAGAAAUACUGCAUCCUCAGCUACCUGGAGAGGGAACAAAAAUGUUUCAUCUGCGACUCCAGAUUUCCUUAUGAUCCAUAUACCAACCCUGACAGCCACACCAUUGAGAAUGUCAUCACAGGUUUUGAACCAGAUAGAGAAAAGAAAUGGUGGCAAUCUGAAAAUGGUCUUGAUCAUGUCAGCAUCAGACUGGACCUAGAGGCAUUAUUUCAGUUCAGCCAUCUUAUAUUGACCUUUAAGACUUUUCGGCCAGCUGCAAUGUUAGUUGAGCGUUCCUCAGACUAUGGACACACCUGGAAACUGUUCAAAUAUUUUGCAAAGGAUUGUGCUACUUCCUUUCCCAACAUCGCCUCUGGCCAGGCCCAGGAAGUGGGAGACCUUGUUUGUGAUUCCAAAUACUCAGAUGUUGAACCCUCAACUGGUGGUGAGGUUGUUCUAAAGGUUUUGGAUCCCAGCUUUGAAAUAGAAAACCCUUACAGUCCUUACAUCCAGGACCUUGUGACACUAACAAACUUGAGGAUAAACUUUACCAAACUCCAUACUCUUGGUGAUACUUUACUUGGAAGGAGUCAAAAUGAUUCCCUUGAUAAAUACUACUAUGCUCUGUACAAGAUGGUUGUUCGGGGAAGCUGUUUUUGCAAUGGUCAUGCUAAUGAGUGUGGCCCAAUGCAGAAGGUGCGGGGAGAUGUUUUCAGCCCUCCAGGAAUGGUUCAUGGUCAGUGUAUCUGUCAGCACAACACAGAUGGCCUGAACUGUGAAAGAUGCAAGGAUUUCUUCCAAGACACUCCUUGGAAGCCCGCUGAAGGCCCCCAGGACAGCACUUGCAGACCAUGUAGCUGUAAUGGCCACUCUGACCGCUGCCACUUCAACAUGACUGUGUACCUGGCAAGUGGUGGGGUAAGCGGAGGCGUGUGUGAAGACUGCCGGCACCACACGGAGGGACAGCACUGCCACCGCUGCAAAUCCCUUUUCUACAGGGAUCCCCUCAAAUCCAUCUCAGAUCCUGACCCAUGCAUCCCUUGUGAAUGUGACCCUGAUGGGACCUUAUCUGGUGGCAUUUGUGUGAGUCACUCUGAUCCUGCCUUGGGGUCUGUGGCUGGCCAAUGCUUGUGUAAGGAGAACGUGGAAGGAGCCAAAUGCGACCAGUGCAAACCCAACCACUAUGGACUGAGCGCCAGUGAUCCCCUCGGCUGUCAGUCCUGCAACUGUAACCCCCUCGGGAGUCUGCCAUUCUCAACCUGCGAUGUGGAUACAGGCCAAUGCUUGUGCCAGUCAUUUGUCACCGGACCACACUGCGAAGAAUGUGCUGUGGGAUACUGGGGACUGGGAAGUCAUCCCCAUGGAUGUUCUCCCUGUGACUGUGACAUUGGAGGUGCUUAUUCUAACACGUGCUCUCCCGAGGACGGGCAGUGCCAAUGUCGCCCCCACAUCACUGGCCGGACCUGCACAGAGCCAGCUCCUGGCUACUUCUUUGCUCCUUUGAAUUUCUACCUGUACGAGGCAGAGGAAGCCACACCGUCCCAGGGACUCGCGCCUUUGGACUCAGUGACUUUUGGUCAGGGACCUGCCAUUCAUGUCGUUCUCCAAGAGCCGGUUCCUGGAAAGCCUAGCACAUGGACUGGGCCUGGGUUUGCCCGGGUUCUCCCUGGGGCUGGCUUGAGAUUUGCUGUCAACAACAUUCCCUUCCCCAUGGACUUCACCAUCGCCAUUCGCUAUGAAACUCAGUCCACAGCUGACUGGGCUGUGCAGAUCAUGGUUAAUCCCCCUGGAGGGAAGAAGCACUGCACAAAGACCCCACAGCUGAAGCCUCUGUCUUUUGCUUUACCAGCAGCUGCCAGAAUCAUGCUGCUUCCCACACCCAUCUGUUUAGAACCAGAUGUACAAUAUUCCAUAGAUGUCUAUUUUUCUCAUCCUUUGGAAGAAGAGUCCCACACUCAUUCACACAUCCUGGUUGACUCUCUUGGUCUUAUUCCCCAAAUCAAUUCUUUGGAGAAUUUCUGCAGCAAGCAGGACUUAGAUGAGUAUCAGCUGUACAACUGUGCUGAAAUUGCCUCUGAAACGGGACGUCGGAUGCUGCCUGAUGCAUGUGAAAGACUGAUAGUCAGCAUGUCUGCCAAGCUGCACAAUGGGGCAGUGGCUUGCAAGUGUCACCCCCAGGGCUCAGUGGGGGCCAGCUGCAGCCGACUCGGGGGCCAGUGUCAGUGCAGACCUGGUGUGGAGGGGCGCUGCUGUGACAGGUGCUCAGCAGGAAGCUACGGCCUCGGUCAUCACGGUUGUCACUCAUGCCACUGCCACCCUCAAGGCUCGACGAACACUGUAUGUGACCAAAUAACUGGACAGUGUCCCUGCCACGGAGAGGUGGCUGGCCGCCACUGUGAUCAGUGCCUGGCUGGCUAUUUUGGAUUUCCUGACUGCCACCCUUGCCCCUGUAAUGGGUUUGCUGAGCUAUGUGACCCAGAAACAGGGGCAUGCUUCAAUUGUGGAGGUUUUACAACUGGUCCAAACUGUGAAAGGUGCCUCGAUGGUUACUAUGGAAAUCCUUCUUCAGGACAAUCCUGCCAUCCUUGCCUGUGUCCAGAUGCUCCCUCAAGUAAUCAGUAUUUUGCCCAUUCCUGUUAUCAGAAUCCUGGGAGCUCAGAUAUAAUCUGCAAUUGUCUUCAAGGUUAUGCAGGUAUUCAGUGUGGAGAAUGCUCUGCUGGUUUCUAUGGAAAUCCAAGAAUUUCAGGAGCACCUUGUCGGCCAUGUGACUGCAAUGACAACAUUGAUGUAACUGAUCCAGAGGCCUGCAGCCGGGUCACAGGGGAGUGCCUGAGAUGUCUGCACAACACUCAGGGCCCCAACUGCCAGCUCUGCAAACCAGGUCACUUUGGAUCAGCCCUCAAUCAGACCUGCAGAAGAUGCUCCUGCCACCCUUCUGGCGUGAAUCCCUCCGAGUGUCCCUCUGGUCAAGGACCCUGCCUCUGUGAUCCUGCCACUGGCUCCUGCCCGUGUCUGCCAAAUGUCACUGGCCUGGCCUGUGACCGCUGUGCUGACGGAUACUGGAAUCUGGUCCCUGGCAGAGGAUGUCAGUUAUGUGACUGUGAUGCCCGAACUUCUCAAAGUAGCCACUGUGACCAGCUUACAGGCCAGUGUCCGUGUAAAUUAGGCUAUGGCGGGAAACACUGCAAUGAGUGCAAGGAAACUUAUUAUGGUGAUCCACCGGGGCCAUGCGUUCCAUGUGACUGCAACAGGGAAGGUACCCAGACACCAGCCUGUGAUGAGGACACAGGCAUGUGCCACUGCCGGGAGGGCGUUGGUGGCCAGCGAUGCGAUCACUGCAUCAGGGGUCACAGCCAGGAAUUCCCUGCUUGUCUUCGGUGUCACUCAUGCUUUGAUCAAUGGGACCGUACCAUUUCUUCCCUCUCGAAAACAGUGCAAGGGUUAAUGAGGCUGGCUGUUAACAUGGAAGAUAAAAGAGGGACCCUGCCCAUCUGUGAGGCCAACUUCAAAGGCCUCAGAGAGAACAUAUCUGAAAUAGAAAGGAUUUUGAAACAUCCUGUUUUCUCAUCUGGGGAAUUCUUAAGAGUCAAGGAUUAUCAUGACUCUGUUCGGAAACAAAUCAUGCAGCUAAGUGAGCAACUGAGAACAGUUCAUGAAUUUCAAGAUCUGAACAAAACAAUAAUAAGACUGAGGAAUGAAGCAGACCUCUUACUUGAAGACCUUCAGGAGGGAAUUGAUCGGCACUCCAGUGCCCAUAAUGCAAGCAUCAUGGAUUCCUCAGAGAACAUUAAGAAGUAUUAUCAGAUAUCAUCAUCUGCUGAAGAGAAAACUAAUGAAAUAACUUCCAUCAUAAAUAACUCCGAAAGCACGAGGAAUGACUUACUUGCCAUCUUAGAUAGAGUAACCUCAACAGGGAACUUGUCUUUGGAAAAAUUAAAGCAGAUUAAGAUACCAGAUAUCCAAAUACUAAAUGAAAAGGUGUGUGGAGAACAAGGACACCUGCCCUGUGUGUUGGCUCCCUGUGGUGGAGCUCUCUGCAAGGGGGCUCAGGGACACAGACACUGUGGUGGCCUGGGCUGCCAUGGCUCCCUGGCCCUCUCAUGGAAUGCUCUCCAGAAAGCUCAGGAAACACAAACCGUGAUUCAUAAUUUGGACAGCCAGUUUCAAGGGUUGGAGAAUCAGGUAAAUAAUGUCUUUGCUCACUUUAUUUGUAAAUUUGUAGCAGCUGAAAAUCAAGCCAAGAAGGCUAAGAAUGAGCUGGAUGUAGCAAAGCAGCAGUCAGAGCUGAAGGAUGGACUUUCCCUGCUGCAGACCAAGUUGCAAAGGAAUCAAGAGCAAGCUGCCAGUGCAAAAACUCAGGCUGACGUCGCCCAACAAAAGGCUGGGGAAGUGGAAAAGGAGUUUUAUGAGCUGAAAAAACAAUAUGCUAUUCUUCAACAUAAGACAAGCACUACAGGACUGACAAAAGAAACAUUAGGAAAACUGAAAUGGCUAAAAGAUGCUGCAGAAAAAUUGGCUGAAGAUACAGAGGACAAGAUGAGAAGAAUAACAGAUUUAGAAAAGAAAAUUCAAGAUUUGAAUUUAAGUAAACAAGAAAAAGCUGAUCAACUGAAACAGCUGGAAGAUCAAGUCAUUGCCAUUAAAAAUGAAAUUGUUGAGCAAGAAAACAAAUACGCUACCUGCUAUAGCUAA